GUCACAUAGCUGCGUGGUACGUGACUGGAGGCAUAUCACUGCCUUUGCCUGGAUCACGCCAAUGUGGCCCCAACCCCACCUCCCUCCCCUCCCCAUGAUGUCAGAGAAAAACCAACAGAGCAAAUUGCCUGAGGCCAAGGAAAAGUUUACAGAUGAUCAUCAGUGGAACAGUGCUGGUGUUGGUACCGGAGCAACCGACAGCAAACAGAAGAAAAUAAAUAAUGGCACUAACCCUGAGAAAACCACUUCUGGUGGUUACCAUUCACCUGAGGAUAAACAACAGAACCGAGCUCAGCUGAAAGAAGAAAAGCAGGAAAGCCACCAAUAUCAGCAAGCCCUAAGGAGGCAGCUAGAGGCCCAGGAUCAUACCAUACGAAUCCUUAUGUGUCAGAAAACUGAACUGGAGACAGCGCUCUAUUACAGCCAGGAUGCUGCUAGGAAAUUUGAAGAAGAAUCCAAGGAUCUGGCAGGCUGCCUGCAUCAUUCCUGGAACUUUGCAAGAGAGUUACAGCGGGGUCUGUCUGCUGUGUCCACACAGCACAAGAAGGCAGACAGGUAUAUCAAGGAGUUAACAAAGGAGAGGGACGCUUUGAGUCUGGAGCUGUACAGGAACACAAUAACCAAUGAGGAGCUGAAGGAGAAAAAUGCCGAACUACAAGAAAAACUUCGACUCGUAGAAACUGAAAAGUCUGAGAUCCAGCUCCACAUCAAGGAGCUAAAAAGGAAACUGGAGACGGGCAAAAUCCUGCUGCCACAGGUUCAAACCAACACUUUGCAGGAGGAGAAGAUGUGGAAUCAGGAGGAGGAGCUACGGGAUCAGAAGGAGAAGCUACGGAAGCAGGAGGAGAAGAUGUGGAGACAGGAGCAGAGGCUGCGGAAGCAGGAGAAGGAGCUGCACGAGAUGGAGGAGCAGAUGCGGAAGCAGGAGGAGCAGAUGUGGGAGCAGGAUAAGCAGAUGCGGAAGCAGGAGGAGCAUAUGUGCGACCUGGAGGGGCAGAUGCGGAAGCAGGUGGAGGAGAUGCAGAAGCAGGAGGAGCAGAUGAUGAAGCAGGAGGAACAGAUGCGGGAGCAGGAGGAGCAGAUGAUGAAGCAGGAGGAGCAGAUGAUGAAGCAGGAGGAACAGAUGCGGAAGCAGGAGGAGCAGAUGAUGAAGCAGGAGGAGCAGAUGAGGAAGCAGGAGGAGCAGAUGCGGAAGAAGGAGGAGCAGAUGCGGAAGCAGAAGAAGCAGAUGAUGAAGCAGGAGGAGCAUAUGUGUGACCUGGAGGGGCAGAUGCGGAAGCAGGAGGAGGAGAUGCGGAAGCAGGAGGAGCAGAUGAUGAAGCAGGAGGAGCAUAUGCGCGACCUGGAGGGGCAGAUGCGGAAGCAGGAGGAGGAGAUGCGGAAGCAGGAGGAGCAGAUGUGGAAGCAGGAGGAGCAGAUGCGGAAGCAGGAGGAGCAGAUGCGGAAGCAGGAGGAGCAGAUGUGUGAGCUGGAGGAGCAAAUGCGGAUGCAGGAGGAGCAGAUGAGGGAGCAGGACGAGAGGCUGCGAUUUAAGGAGGAGAGGCUGUGGGAUCAGGAUGAGAAGAUGCAGGAGGAGGAGGAGAAGAUGAGGGGGCAGGUGGAGGAGAAGACGCGGGGGCAGGUGGAGAAGAUGCGGGAGAAGGAGAGGACGGGAGAGCAGAAGAUGCAGGAGGAGCGGUGCUCAGAGCCCUGGCUCCCUCCCUCCGAAGAUCUGUAUCAUACGAGCCACCCUGGCAGCGUGAAGCCUGCACGAGAGGCCACGGAGGGUUCUCCUGAUGACAAUUGCACUGCACAGCAGAUCAUGCAGCUGCUUGGUGGAAGGAAGAAUGCCCAGGAGUGCCCAGUCUUAGGCAGCACCUCCUGCAUCCCAUUCUUCUACCGAGGAGACAAGAGAAAGAUGAAGAUCAUCAGUAUCUAAAAGCCGGCACUGUCAACAAGGCCUACAGAAGUGUAAGCCGCCACGUGACCUUGUGAAUAUCGUCUGAGAACAAACUUGAAAAAAGAAAAUUUAUUUUAAAUUGUGGCAAAAUACUGGCCGGGCACGGUGGCCUGCACCUGUAAUCACAGCACUUUGGGAGGCUUAGGCGGGGGGAUCACCAAUCCCAGCUACGUGGGAGGCUGAGGUUGCAGUGAGCCGAGAUCACACCACUGCACUCCUCUCUGGCUGACAGAGUGAAACUCCCAUCUCAAAAAAAAAAAAAAAAAAAAAAAAAAAAAAAAAAAAAAUUUCUACUUGAGGACUCUAAUAUCUAUGUAUGUUUCUAUUUUUUUUUUUUCUUGGUCUUUCUCAUUUAGUCUUGUGUUGUCUUGUCUUAUGGCAUGCCUAGUAAACUUUUAUCUG